CCUUGAGAGAGCUGGAUGGUUAUUAGUUGUCUCUUUAUUUAUAUUCAACCAAACAAUGCUAAUUUUUUGCUAAGAAUACAAAACAAAGAGAAAAUGAAUCAGAACAUGGUGUCGUUCUUGAUCGGAAUAGUUGGAGCGGCAUUUACGCUUGGAGCAUAUUCGCAGACAUGGAUGACUCCAACACAAAGCAUAACAACAGGUCUUGUUACUCUCAUGUUUGGUCUUCUCGUCCGUGAAGGUUUCAUCUCCCUUUAGACUUUACUUUUUUUUCUAUGUUUUGGGGUCUGUAAUAAAUCAUUUUACAGAGCUAUAUGUGGCUGAUCCAUAACUAAUUUUAUUAUUUGCACUCUGAUUGUGGUAUUUAUAAAUGCUUUAAGUAUAAAGGUUUUUGGUAGAUU